GACUGGCUGGGUUUCCUCCUGGCAGACUUCUCUUUAUGUAAGGGAACCCAGGAAGGCAGGCUGCUGGACACAGGAUUUCCAGGAGCAGGCUGGGAAUCAGUUAUUGGCCAGUUUAGCUGGACAUCAGGGGCUGGCACAUCAGGCUGCGCAGCGGACAGAGGCACAUCGGGCUGCGCAGCGGGCGGAGGCACAUCGGGCUGGGCAGCAGGCGGAGGCACGUCAGGCUGGGCAGCGGGCGGAGGCACGUCAGGCUGGGCAGCUGGCGGAGACACGUCAGGCCGGGCAGCGGACGGAGACACAUCAGGCCGGGCAGCGGGCGGAUGCACGUCAGGCUGGGAAGCGGGCAGAGGCACGUCAGGCUGGGCAGCGGGCAGAGGCACGUCAGGCUGGGCAGUGGGCAGAGCAACAACAGCGGGCACCGAGUCAUCGGGCAAGUCAGCGGGCACCGAGUUACCGGGCAAGUCAGCGGGCAUCGAGUCAUCUGGCACGACAGCGGGCACCAAGUCAUCUGGCACGACAGCGGGUGCAGGAAAGCUGUCAGAGAGUCUGAGCUCCUGAUACUACUCAGGGACCAAUAGCUCUGGCAGGUUCAGCACAGAGCAAAAGUGGUGCAGAUCCUCUGGAAAACAAAGAACCGCUGUCUUCCUUUGGUAGGCCACUGAGAGGCAGUUAUGUAAUCUGUUGCUCCCACAGGACAGCCCAGAGUAUUUCCAGGAC